AGGCACUCACACACACACACACACACGCACCGAGCCAGGAGCCCAACUCCCUGCCUAACAAGGACAUCUACCAGGGCAGUUCACCUAGGCUCCCCCGGCCCCAGCCGCCACCACCCUCGGCCCCAGGAAGGUGGCAGCUUGUCUUCAUUUCUUGCGGUGGGCAGAAGAAUGAGUUGUUUCCAGCCCACGUAGGAGCCCUAGCCUCUGCUAUUUUUAAGUCCUCCAGGCUUGUCUAAACUGUGAAGCCAGGUUUGAUAGCACUGUUGCUCUACAUUUUUUUUUCUGAAAGCAGUUCAACUUGCCUGAGCUGAAGCAGAGACUCCCAAGUGCCAGAAGCCAGUGUGCAGUGUGUGCGUGUGUGUGUGACAAACUCGAUCAGCCCGAACAAGACCACCUCUUGCUUAAAGCUUUCAAACUGUUAUUCUUCCCGCCCCCCGUCACCCCCCAGUAUCAGAGCACUAAGUAAUCUGUCUCCCUCCCACCCCUUCCCCCUCCACCCCUCCUGUUGGAAGAUAUGGAAGAGAAAGAUAAAGGGGCUGCAUCUGGGCUCUGACUGUUCAGCCUGCAUGCCUCUCUGCUUCCAGUCCUGGGUGGACUUCAUCAUCGCCUUCCCCCGAAAAAAUCACCGUCAGCGGGAUGAGAUGCAACUUCUUGCAACUGGAUUUACAGGUGAGACUGACUUUUGCACUGCAGGAAAGCUCAGGGCAAAGAAAGAAUGCUGUAAGAAAACAUGCUUGUCGGGGAAAAUGUUUUUGUGUUUAAAAGCACUCAGCAAAAUCCUGUUUCUGGCUUAAGUGAUAAUUGGUCAUCGGGUUUCUUGUUAUAGACACAGAAAUGAAUAACUCAACGUACAUAAAUGCUUCUACGGACAAUGAAAUGGCACUGGGAAGCCCCUAUAAAACAGUUGAGGUGAUCUUCAUAGUCCUGGUAGCCGGGUCUCUCAGUCUAGUGACUAUCAUUGGGAACAUUUUGGUCAUGGUGUCAAUCAAAGUGAACAGGCACCUGCAGACUGUCAACAACUACUUCUUGUUCAGCUUGGCAUGUGCUGACUUGAUCAUCGGUGUCUUUUCUAUGAACCUAUACACACUUUACACUGUGAUUGGCUACUGGCCCUUAGGGCCUGUAGUAUGUGACUUGUGGCUGGCUCUUGACUAUGUGGUCAGCAAUGCCUCUGUCAUGAACCUUCUCAUUAUUAGCUUUGACAGAUUCUUUUGUGUCACCAAGCCUCUGACAUACCCUGUAAAGCGGACCACUAAGAUGGCAGGCAUGAUGAUUGCUGCUGCUUGGGUGCUGUCCUUCAUCUUGUGGGCACCUGCAAUUCUGUUCUGGCAGUUUAUCGUUGGGGGAAGAACAGUUCCCGAUAGGGAUUGCUACAUCCAGUUCUUUUCCAAUCCAGCUGUCACUUUUGGCACUGCCAUUGCAGCGUUCUACCUGCCCGUUGUCAUUAUGACCAUUCUCUACUGGCAAAUAUCUCGUGCCAGCAAGAGCAGGAUGAAAAAAGGAAAAAAGGAACCAGCACAAAAUCAAGAUCCAGUUUGUCCCAGUCUAGUCCAAGGUAAAAUAGUGAAACCAAACAAUAACAACAUCCCAGUCAGCGAUGAUGGGUUGGACCAUAGCAAAAUUCAGAAUGGUAAAGCCACUGGAGAGAGUGUAAUAGAGAACUGUAUUCAAGGGGAGGAGAAGGAGAGCUCUAAUGAUUCCACCUCUGUCAGUGUCAUUGCUUCCAACAUGAAGGAGAAUGAAGUUGCCAAAGAAGCCAACAGGGCUUCCAUUUCUCAAGCCCACUCCAAAGCUGAGAACUCCAAGCUGACAUGCAUCAGGAUAGUCACAAAAUCCCAAAAGGGGGACUGUUGUGUCCCAACCAACACAACUGUGGAGAUUGUAGGUACCACUGGCCAAAACGGGGAUGAGAAGCAGAACAGCGUAGCCCGUAAAAUUGUCAAGAUGACCAAGCAGCCAGCCAAAAAGAAACCACCCCCAUCUAGAGAAAAAAAAGUGACCAGGACUAUCUUAGCAAUUCUCUUGGCCUUCAUCGUUACCUGGACACCAUACAAUGUGAUGGUGCUUAUCAACAGCUUCUGUGGGCCCUGCAUCCCCGGCACUGUUUGGACUAUUGGUUACUGGCUCUGUUAUAUCAACAGCACCAUCAAUCCUGCCUGCUACGCCCUCUGCAAUGCUACCUUCAAGAAAACCUUUAAGCACCUUCUUAUGUGUCAUUACAAGAACAUAGGAGCCACAAGGUAAAAAAUAAAAAUCACAGAAAGGGGGAAGACGUUCCAAGUUUAAAAAAACACACAAAAAAACAAUGCCAUAGCACUUUAUGCUCUAGUAUGGAAUGUGCAAUCAAGGAGCCCAGUGGAGACACUGACAUGGGGCCUCAGCUCCAUCUUUGAGAACUGCACUUAAAAAACCUUUUUUCUUUGGGAAUGUUGGGAUGAAAUGAAGGGUCAGUAGAAAAAGCAGCCUUGAGGCACAGUUUCUUGCUUCCCGAUGGUCUCAUGGAGAAGGGCUUUAGUGUCUAUGAUUUGUUUCAGUUUGUAUGGAAUAAUAACACCCUUUCUUUUCUUUUGGUCUGCUGAUGUGUGUCCAUUUGAAAAAAAAAAUGUAAGAAAACUUGGACAAUAAAUAAAACAUCAAUACAUUCAGGAGGGACAAGGUUUAGAAUGUAUGGAGGCAAGGAGCAAUCCAAAAGAACCUGUAUUACAAAGGUUGUUUGCCAGGUUCAGAGCAAACUUAAGUACUUUUGUCAAGGUCUCAUGUUGAGAAUCAUAAUGUAAGGCUAACUGUUCAUCUUUGAGAAAUUCAUUUACCCUCCCCCCCCUUUUUACAAAAAUAAUUAUCCUCAAGGAAUUUAGGGGAUGUGUAGAUGAAAUAAGGGGUCUCUUUCAUCUUCAAACAUAUAUCAGGCAAAAGGUUUCUUUGUCUGAACCAGUGAUUCAUUUAUUCAUUGUUCCAAGUGUGUCAGCUUUCCUUGUCUAAGGGACUCAGUCUCACGGUGCCUCUACCAAGCAGAGAUGAAAAUGAAGAAAGAGGAAGUCCUUUUCAGCUCUUUAUGCCCCAUGGACUUCCUAGAAGCCUUCGUAUGCCAAAGCAGUUGAGAAUUUUGUUCGUUUAAUUCCUCUUCUAUAAUGCUCUCUUGUGAAUCUCUCUUUUGCCUCUAUUAGACAUGUCUUCCCUUUAGUGUCAUCUGUGUCCUGGGCAUAAAAAUCAAAAAUUAAAGCCAAUUGUAAAUGCGAAGUUUUCAUUAAAUUAAGAGCCAUGUGGCCAAAAUCAAGGAACUGAACUGAAGCCAAAAAUAGUAGGUUGUUUUUAAGGAAAGAGACUUUGGUUUGGCCACUUCAGAUGAGCACAAAUGUUAAGAGGUUGGUCUAUGAGCUGGAGUAUUAACAUGAAAAAGUCUGUCCUAGUGUCCAACAGAAAUAAGAUGCUUACUAAUUUAUUUGUGCUAAGGAACAGAAUAACCUUGCAUUGCGCAUCACUUGGAACUGAUUCUGGGUAUGUGCCAAGGUCCCUGUUAGGCCCUUGUUAGGUGGCUAGAAGAGAUUAUCUACACUUUGUUGAAAAGAUAAGGAGCUGGCCAUGUUGCCUUUUUAUCAGCAUGGAGCAAUAUUAUCGGUACGUAUCAGGGGAUAACAGUAAUAAAAGGUCAGGGAGGAAUAAGGGAUUAUAUGAAUGAGGCACUUCAAUAUCACCACUUUAAAAUAUUCUAACUUACACUUCUCCUGACUGGCGUAUUCUUAGUAUUUCAUAUAUAUUGUGACAAAACUGCUCACUAUGUGAACAGGGGAGAGUGCAUCAGAGUACUGUGCACAGCUUUUCUCUGUGAGGUCAAAAACCUCCCUCUGGGUCAUACUAACUUUUAGAUGAGGAAAAAAGGCAUGAUCCUUGACAUUCUUAUCUAAAGAGUAGCUUUCUGCAGAGAAACCCACAUCAGGUGCCUCUGUUGUAAUCCAAAUACAUUCAUCAAUAUCUGGAAUGAUGUUCGCCCAACAAAUAGGCCACUGCAUCCUUUAGGCAUAUCAUGCUACUGUAUUACAGUCUUCCAACGUGAACAUCAAAAUAACAGCCUUUUGGAUUACAGGCAUAUAAAUGUUGCAGGCUUACAUUUUAAUAUUUUUCUGAUACUCAGCAGAAAUAAGCUAUCAAAAACACUUUGGAAAUAGAAUGCUUUUAAUUCUUAGCAGUCCAAAGUUUCUGGCAGAAAGGGAAAAUUAGGUGGAUUUAACUAAAGUGAACUACGGUCACUUGAUACUUGAAUAAGAGCAUCCACACAAGGUUUUAACAUGCUUUAUGUGCAAUAACUUUGCACCUUUAGUUGACUCAUCUUAAGUGACCCAAGGAUCUCCUAACAGACAGGUCUCAAUGGUCUGAUUUUGCAACCUUUACCCACAGUGAACCCAUACUGAGUUUCUGCUUCAGUGCAAUUACUUGGGUAAGUGCUGCUCAGUGUAAGGUUUGCAAAACAGAGACCUGAGUAUCUGUCAAAACUACCUUCAACUGACAUAUCGUGAAGACCCCAGGAAGGUAUUAACUUGCCAAGCUUCAGUAGUUUGUCUGUUGUUUGUUUCCAUCCAAAUGCUGAAAAUUCCAGAUAAAAAUCAAAGACAGUGAAAUAUGGUUAAUUUCUAUAUCUUUCUUCAAGAAACAACACCCACUGCUCCUUCCCAGCAAUGACACUCAUUGCUGAAGUAGGAAAGGAAGUUUCAUAUAUUCUACUAAGCCACCUAGAGAUCACCUUUUAACUUUAGACUUCUGGCAUGUAUGCAACUGCUCUUCUCUGAACCCUCCAGCUGUCACCAGGACAUGAAUUGCAAAUCCAUUUUAUAUCCUGGGACACACUGACAGGUUAAAAAGUACAAGCUCUGUGGAACAAUUAUACCAUAUAAUGUUCUGUUGCAUCACAUGGUAUAAUGAGAGACUGUGAUGUGAAGAAAAUGUUUAUACCCUGUCAGACUCCCACAGAGAAAUUAAACACAAUACACAUCCUCUGAUGCUUUUCCUCAGCACCAGGCUUACCUUUGAUCCUGAGGAAAAAGGUACUUUAUUUCCCUUCAUUAUAGCAGUGGAAAGCCUUAUAGGAUGCACAUAGCAGGCACGUUAUUACAAUUUACCUUCAACGUAUACUUCUAAAUUGUACUCAUUCUGGGAAACAACAGUUCCUUUGAUAUGUAUUGCUCAAAAUUUAGAACAUCAUACAUGAAAUAAUGUAUCCACAAACAUGCACACGCACGCACACACACCUGCACACACACAGAUUCCAGGGGUAUAAUAUAAAUUGUGCAUUAUUCAGUAUGAUGUAUGGUAACUAUAGCUGUGUUGCUCUCCUUGACAGCUACUCUAAGGUACAAAGGUAAUUCCUAUUCAUCAUACCGUGUAUAACCUCCUUUGACAUGGGGGACUGGUGAAUACCACAUAUGUUAGUUGAAAUCUGUAAGGGUUGAAUCUAGUUUGGUGGUGGAUUAGCAAAAUAAGAAAUGUAGUAAUUUCUCAUGACCACACAAUAAUUUGUUCCUUCAAACAAAGACGUGCUUGUUAAAAAUGCUGUGGGUUUUAGAAAACUCUCAUACCUUCCCUUGUUCUCUCAAACCUACAUGACACUUCACAAUCACCACACUUCAUUUCCCUGGUGAAUUACGUUUCUGUAAGAUGUAAAUGUGAUUCUUUAAAAGCAGUGCUUUCUGCUUACCCACUUUGGUGCCCCAUUUGUCACUUGGAUCCUGUCUGCUUAACUGACUGAUAUAAACCACUGUUGUUAGUGCAGCUGAGCAAAUGAAGCAGUGGAAGGGAGAACUGCAUUCAGUUCUGCUCCAUGCACCAUCAAUAGUACAUGGGCUAACUCCUGAUUCCAGAAUCAUCAUCUUUGCAAUGUAGUUGGCAGGAGAAGACCAGCUGGAUUUUCACAUUCCAUGCUGAAUUUUCAGUUCCCAUGUCAAUUAGGUAAACUGCAUAUGUAAUUCAUAAAGAAAAAUAAAUAUGAAAGGCUAAAAUUAGCACUGCUUGCCCCUUUACUGAUAGCCUAAGGACUCUAAGUGAAUGGGCAUUGAGCUUGAACCCUUCUCUCUUCUCCCUAUAGGAUGUCCUUCUACAUCAGGAUUAAGUUCACAUUGGCAGUCCAUUGUAAAAAAGUUUCUACUGUCACUGUCCAUUCUUUGCCACUUCUCUGAGAGGACAAAACAAUACAUCUAACUGGCAAUGUUCAUGAGCACUGAAGUCACCCUUGGGGAACAAAUGGGGAGAAGGGAUAUAUAAGGGGCCAGCUGAAGUAGCAUUGAAAAUCUGUUUUCAAGUCUGUACAAAACCUAAGGAAAAAAAAAUGUCAGACAUCUAUUUGGAAGUUUCACUUGAUUUAUUAGGGAUCACAAGGAUCAGUUAAAUAUGCCAAUACUUUUUAAUGUUGCCUUGUGAAAAAUAGAGCAAGCAAUCCAAAUGGGUCACUGUGUAAAAGUUAGUUUUUCUUGGGGGGUGGUUCUUCUCCAUAAAUGUCAGUAAGGAUUUAAGCGCCAAGAUCAGAUUCUGAAGACUGGUUGUACCAACACAGAAUAGAGGAGGAAUAAAAGUAUCUAUAAGCAAAUUUCUUUACUUUAAAAGGAAUUGGUAUGAUCUGGUGAAGCAACCAAGAGUAGCCCCAGGCCUAUUCAAAGUUGUACCAGCUGCAACAUCUCCAGCAGUCUCUUUUACUCUCCAUGCCCCUGACAUACCCUGUAUAUCCUGAUCCAGGAGCAUGGUUUGUCAUCAUCCAGACAUGUUGACUCUACUGUUGUCUUGGGCUUUCAUAGACUGACAAAAAUGCCAGGUGGAUAUUUCACUUGGUUUUCCAGCUGUUUUGCCAAGCUGCUGAAGCAGUGCAAAGCAGAUGAAACAGCAACCGGAAACUUGCCCUCUGUUAAUUUACACAGAGAUGUUGAGAAACUGACUCUUCUAUAUCCCUUCUUCUCAUUCCUUUCUCACACAUGGUCCACUUGGAAAAAUCAAGACCCCAUGGAAAUGUUUUCAGAAUAUCCCAAGAAUCAUCUUUAUAAUAUAAUGUAUAUUGUUUUUCCUCCCAUCUCAUCUCCCAAUGAGGCAUCCUAUUUUAUACCACUGGAGACAGCUCCAAAUUAGUAAAGAGUCACUUCUGUAGUCUGACUGUUUUACUCCUUUUUGGUAAUACUAUGACACCGGAGCCUUGUCCACAAGAAUAGGUGUAUGAGGGGGAGCUGAAAGGACAGGCCAAAGCCCCUGGGGUGUGCUCUGACACCAGUCAGUUUCUGGGGAUCUCUCACUGGGUAGGACAAGUGCUUGAAGGGGUUCCUGCACCUUCAAGUGCUUGAAGGUUCGGGCCAGGCAGUCAGAGACUGCUCCCUGUUCCCAGACUUCGGUAGAUGCUUGCAGGGCUCUGUGUGUGUGUGUGUGUAUGUGUGUGUGUGUGUGUGUGUACAUAUAUAUACCAGAGCUGUCAGAGCUGUUCCAACCUUUUCACUCUAUGAUGAAACUAUCAGGUACUGCCACUGCUCUUUGCUACUCCUGUAAUACAAAGUAGGUAUUACCUAGCUUAACCAGCUAGUUAAAAUAGAUUUACAGCCAUUUUAGCUAAGAACAGACAUUUAAUUUGUUCCUAGACAAGUUGUGUCUGUGCUUGUCCUGGAGCAGAAAUAUCCUGGGAUUGUCAUAUACACAUUUCACCCUUCUAAGCUGGGUUUAGUGAAUGGUAAAUGCAUUGCUGUUGAUUCAACGAUGCAAUCCUGAGAUAACAGUUCAGAUGCAUUUUGUGAUGUCCUAGGAUAAGUUGUUAGCACUUUGUAUUCUAUGAACAUUUUUAGGAUUUAUCCUGGGUCAGUGGACAUGAACAUCUGAACAAUUGAAUUUUCUCCUGGGAUAAAGUGGUGUAUCCCAGGACAACUAUGACAUCUGUAUGUAGCCCUGAGUUGCAGGAAUAGUGAAAAGCAGUUGGUGGGUAUUGGAGAUUCUAGUUUUAAAAUCUUACGCAAAUAACUUCAAAAGUCUUUUGCAAAGCCAAUGAUCUCUUCUUUUAAGUCUCUUCUUCUUGCCAAAUUCUUACCCAGGAAGAGAUAUCCUGUGGCUUAAAAGGCAGAUUCUUCAAAUCCACAAAAGGAGAAUUAGAUCACCAAAGUUAAUGGCAUCUGGUUCUUUUCUUUUCUUUUCUUUUCUUUUUUUUUUCUUUCUUUUUUUUUUUUUUUUGCUGGUGGGUGGCUCCUGAAUAGCAUUGUAGAUAUUCCUAAUAGCAACUGGGAUGGUUAUAGUAGACUUGCCUCUUUAUCUUCCAGAUCUUUUGAACCUGUUGUGUCCCGUUGGCUACAAAUACUACUUCUACUCAUGUGUGAUCCUGUUUGCUCUCCACAUAUAGUGUACCUAGUUUUGGACUUUAACUUAUUUUAUUUAUUUAGAAAAUGUUUCCCUGCUGAAGGAGAUUUGUAGAGGCUCCUAUGUUUUAUUUUUCAACUAUAUUUUAUUUUUCUCUUUUUCAUUCUUUUCCAAAAUUUCCUUCUUUAAACAGCCUCUUGCCUUGCUGCAUUAAAAAGUAAAUUCUAAGGCUUUUCAGCAAUGAGUCUAUGAUUUCUUUUCUAUUUCAGACAAUUGUACUACCACUUCUACCCUACAAAGACCUUAACUUUUUGUGGUGCACAAACUCUCCUGACUCAGUUCCAUGUUAUCUUGAUGCAUAUGAUCUCUAAUCUCUGUAAUCAAGAUUCCUCUUCAAAGCUUCAAUCCAUCACACAAAAGAUAAAAUCAAGACAAUCCUUUCCCCAUCUUUUUCUUUUUAAUGUGUCAUCUCCAAACCAUAACCAACAUAGGUAAUAAUAGAGACUGAAUAUUGUCGUGACGGAAUAUCAUACAACAAAAUGCAGUGCAGUAGUUCGUGGGUUAUUAAAUGAUAAAGCAAAGCCACCCAUCAUCCAUCCUGAGCUAAGAUACAGUUAGAGCAUUCCAUGUGUUUUCUGCUUUCUACUGCCUUUAUUCACAAGGGAACAAAGCCUUGCAAUCUAGCCAUAGCAAGUCUGCUUUUGCACAGUACCCCACACUGCAGCUCAUCUCAUGCAAUUAUGUUCUUUCAUAUUUUUAAUUCCAAACCAUUUCUUCCCUGCGGAAAUAAAAUAUAACGCCAUUGCACACAUAUCCCUGCCUUUAUAUUUGAGGAAAGUAGGAAUAUUUGCUGUACUUAAACUUCACCCAGGCACUGAUUGAAUGAAGAAAAGCAGACAGUGGACCAUGUCAUCACUCUUCCUCUCCUUCCUCCACUAAAUUAUCAUGGUGCAUGGAAAUUCUUUUAUCUGCUUUGGAUAUGGUGGGAGAAAUUCACCCUGGAUUGUAAUUAUGAAGAAGCAUUUUAAAAUGUUUAAUGUAAGACUUUCUUUGACUCCAGGAGGAUUUGGUAUCUGGUGUCAUUAGAUGCAUUAUCACUGUAAUAUAUAUUAAAAUGUCCUUCCUGGACAACGGUCGUUUUCUGAGCGUUUGACAAAAAUACUGUUUCCCCCACUGGCACUAAAGAAAGUACAAUAUAGUGAACAGGGGAACAAGAAACAAACCAAGCAUUCUGCUCCCUAAACCUCCAAAGGAACAGGUUGGUUGAAGGAAGUCUCUUCUCAUACUCUCCUCUAUUCAUCUGAUCUGGAGAGGCUCACAGGUUUUGUUUUUACAGGUGGUUCCAUCUUUACCAUUGUACUCCAAAGAUAGCCAUUCUCUUCGGAAGCAGAAACUAAUAAUAAUAAGGGGUGAAAGAGUGCCAAGCUCACUAAUAAAUGGACUUUCUUACAAAUUAUCCCUUAACUUCUGGUGCCAUUUUGAAGAGGCUCUUGGUGAGUCAGAGACUAGUAUUCAAUUUGUAAAUACCUUUAGCUAGUGCAUUUUAACAUGACCAACCACAUAUCUUGGCUAUGUACAGAAAUAAUACAACAUGUGUAAUAUUAUAAAGAUAAGUUACAAUGUAAAUAUAUCUACAAUGAAUGUCCAUUUACUCUUCAAACUGUAUGUAAGAGGAGGUACCUAGUCUCCUCUGGAGAUUUUUAUUUUGUUUUGUUUUAUUUUAUUUCAUUUUAUUUAAUGUAAGGGUAUGAAAACCAGUUGUUGAUUUGCAAAAACCAGUAAUCUUGUCUUCAACAAAAAAGAAGAAAAACUUACUGUCAGAAAAAAAAUAUGAGUGCUUCACACGUAAAUGGUGUCCAAAUACAUUUGGCAAGAUUGUGAAUUGCCAAGCAGGGCAGCUGGGAAUUGGUUGAAUUCUUGAUGCCAUACAUUUGAUCUCAUAUAAAUAAGAUAAGCACAAGUUUUAUGGUUGGCUAUGUAAGGCUGACCCACAUUAUUAUAUAUAUAUAUAUACAUUAUAGAUAUAUAUAUUUAUAUAUAUUGUAUAGAUAUAUACCUGUUAGUAUACACAGCAUUCAAAUAGUGAAAGCAAAGAGUGGUGAAGAGGCAUUGGUUAUUUGUGCGCAAUAUUGCUGUUCAUCAGAGGGGACAAAGACUGUUAUUCAGCAACAUUAGAAUAUGUUACGCAGAAUGAGGGGAGCCUUAACCAUCUAGGAAGCAGAGCUCCAACAAAACAACUAAGGAAGGACUGAAACAAUAAGGGAUUUGAAAUAUUUUGAACUCACAACUAAAAUUACAUGCAAUAUAUGUGUAUGUACUUCUGCCAAGUUGUAUUCCUAGUUGAAGCAUUGCAUUAAACAGCAAACUAUAACAUUACUACUAAUAAAAAUGUUUUUGUAUGUGGUA